GUUUCUUUUCCACACCAAACAGCCCUCUACGUCAUGCAACGGUCCGCUUGGAGUGGCUCGACUUUUUUCAACUUAUUAUCCGGUCACUGAAGCCUGCAUGCCAGGGUCUGGCAAUAUCAACCGAGAAUUUGCCACUUGCCACUGCGACUGGCCAAAGUGUUUGGCAUACCAAGUUGCGCAUGUGACUUAAGAUACUUCUUAAAUCCCAGUCUGUCACCGGACUGACCACUUGGUUCACGUUAUUCUCAUCGCCAGACUUUAGUCUCUUGCCUUAUCCUCGGAUCCCCUGUUCAGUUUACUCUCAUUUUGCAGCGUUACAUGCAAUCACCCAUCUGUUUCGAUCAGCAGAGAGACGCCACAACUAGCAUUGGUUGACAGUCUCCCCUGGAACCGAAGGAACUCCAUACUCCACGGCCCUGCGUGUCUACAUCUUGUGAAAGGGAAGAUGGGAACUUCUUCUCUGGAUAUGUCCGCACUCGGAAUCGGUUUUAGCGACCGCCAUGUUUUUGUCGCGCUGGAUGGGAGCAGGUACGCUUUCCAGAGGCUGCCUGGCGAGACUAGCCCAGGCUCAAACCCAAGAGAGGCAUCGCAGGAGUACAAGGAGACCGAUAGCCACUUCACGGACUCCGAUCGUCGCGAGAAAGAGGGUCAGGGUAUUUCAUGUCUAGGAUGCAGACCAAACGGCUCAUCGGAUACAAGUGCAGCGGCAAGCGACUUGAGAGCCCCAACAAUUGGUGACAGGUUCUUUUCGCGUGAAAGUCAUACUACACCCCAUCUCGUUCCAGAUUCGUCGGAAGUCAAGUCAACCAACACCACGUUACCGUCCCCUGACCCUCAGUCACAAGGUCGCUCCCCAUUCGCGUCCUUCUCAACCUACGCGUCGUUCGGCCCCAUCGUCUCUUCGCCCGUCCCCGAGACGACCACGUGCAAAGAGCUGGAAAGGCAGUCUGAAUCCCGCGACAGGAAUCCCUCUACUUCAACUCAGUACUCAUCUCCCCUCGAGAACGCCACCGAGAACCCUCCUAUUCUGGUUUCGCCAUUCCAACAACAGGACAAGUUCGCAGUCUAUCACGCAGGAUUCAAAGGGAACUCUCGGAAUGGGUUUGAUGGCGUUGACAGUCCACCCCACAUUGGCGACGGACUGAUGCCUAUUGGGAACAAAGACGGUAGUCCAUCACCUAGUAUGUCAGGCUACGGAGUCUCCGGCGAGAGGCUGCUUUUUGAACGAGCUGUCUCUUACAGCAGAAAUUACUCCGAAUUCAAGGCUGUCGGCCUGAAGGAAGCGCUACUCAAGAUUUACGAAAGCCCUCUGACCAAAGAUCUUCGAUUCUCUCUCAUCACUGGCGGCACUAGGGAGGUUGAGUAUAAUUUUGAAGUGUUGUAUCGAACUGGUGAGCUGGUUCUAGCCUAUGUUUACGACAUCGGGUGGCCAAAUAUGGUAUACCUACAGAAGCUCUCUGUUCACGACGUUAAAGAUCUAUUGCCACCUGAAGCUCGAAAGAUCUUUUGGAUGUGCCGCUUUAGAUGCCAAGAAGACCUCGCCGAAUUCCAGUCCCAGAUGCUUGGGGAAGACAUCGCUCUGGACAUCUCGUCGGUGCGGGGAGCUAAGAUGACGAGCAAGCAGAACGGCAAGUGCACCGAAAACAACAUACCAGGAUGUCGCGUCCAGAUCUGGCAUGAGAGGAGAGGAUCUCACGACAUGCUAUCCGACAAUGCCUCGUAUAUCUCAAACGACACCGUACUUUCCGGUCCGUCCAAAGGGAAGACCAGGCCGCGCUAUGACAGGCUGCUGAUCUUCUUCGGGCGCCUAGAGCAAUACAUGAGUCUGUUCAUCACGGAUGACAUUGAAUUGAAGGCUACUGGCCCUGUAUCUGUGUGCAUAAUGGCGCGGAAAUACACCGGAAGGCAUUUGUUCCGCUCUCGUGCCGGAAUAAAAGGCUACUUCGCUAACCGCACCUCGCACGCCGCCGGCUUCGUCGUUGGGGCCGCAACAACUACGCCUCUAGAACAGGACUCGUAUGUGACUUUGGAUGGAAUUGAGAUCGAAUUUGAGAGUAGACGAGGUCAGUCGGCCCAUAGUGCACUCUGUGUAGUUUCUUCUGUUUUCUUUCCCUUCUCUCGCCCGGUGCAUGUGGCAAGCUCUUGUUUCACGUGCCCGCCUCCCUGGACUUUGAUCUCACACCCACCUGGGCAAACGCGGGAGAAAAGAACAAGACAAGCGCAACCCGUCUUAAAGUACAACUUCUUCGGACUUAAAGCAGCCAUCCAUUGAUCAAAUAAGCCUUCCCAUCAUGCUGACAAUUCUUUAAACGCCUUCUAGAGUUCGAUAACUUCACUGAAAUAUGGAAUCAGGCAUUGUCCUGGCGACGCGAGCAACGUCGCGUCCUGAAAGGCAUCCAAGAAGAUAUGGACGGGGAGCAGUUUACCGGUAGACAUGCUAGGAAGCUUUUAUUUCAUUCAGUGUGAGGUACUACAAUACCUGGGUAGGCAACAAAUGUAGCUAAUACUAUGACGAUAACUAAUGAAAAAGGAAUAAGAAAAUUCAA